AUGGCGUUGGGCGUGGCCGGAGUGGCGGCGCUACUCUCGCUCUCCGUCUUCACCGGGGCCACCGCCGACACCAACUCCGACGACGGGCAUCAAUGGAUGGGACUGUUCGUGAUGCUUCUUCCUCUUCAGUCUGCCGUCAGACUGCUAGAAAAAUCUGCUUCUGGUUUGGAGGCAGUAGCAGUGUUGUGCAUAAACGUUGCUCGUUUUCUAUCCCAUAUGCGAUGCGAGUAUGCCACAGACGUUUCUGCUACAGUUUGUUCUGAGAGCAUCCCCUUUCUUUGCUACGGACUGGGGAAAACACGGUCAUUUCGAGUUACUAUAGCGUUUAAAAUCACAGUGACGAAUUCUUUAUCCAACCUUGGGCCCAUGGGAAUGCCAAAGUAUUGCUGA